UGGGGGGUGAACCACACGAUCAAUGAGCUGAGCAAUGUCCCUGUGCCUGUCAUGCUAAUGCCAGAUGACUUCAAAGCAUACAGCAAGAUCAAGGUGGACAACCAUCUCUUCAAUAAGGAGAACCUCCCCAGCCGCUUUAAGUUUAAGGAGUACUGCCCCAUGGUGUUCCGGAAUCUCCGGGAGAGGUUUGGGAUUGAUGAUCAGGAUUACCAGAACUCAGUGACGCGCAGCGCCCCUAUCAACAGUGACAGCCAGGGCCGGUGUGGCACGCGCUUCCUCACCACCUACGACCGGCGCUUUGUCAUCAAGACCGUGUCUAGCGAGGAUGUGGCCGAGAUGCACAACAUCUUAAAGAAAUACCACCAGUUCAUAGUCGAGUGUCACGGCAACACCCUUUUGCCGCAGUUCCUGGGCAUGUACCGCUUGACCGUGGACGGCGUGGAAACCUACAUGGUGGUCACCAGGAACGUGUUCAGCCACCGGCUCACAGUGCACCGCAAGUAUGACCUCAAGGGCUCCACUGUCGCCAGAGAAGCCAGUGACAAGGAGAAGGCCAAGGACUUGCCAACAUUCAAAGACAAUGACUUCCUCAAUGAAGGGCAGAAGCUGCAUGUGGGAGAGGAGAGUAAAAAGAACUUCCUGGAAAAACUGAAACGGGAUGUAGAGUUCCUGGCCCAGCUGAAGAUCAUGGACUACAGCCUGCUGGUGGGCAUCCACGACGUGGACCGGGCGGGCCAGGAGGAGAUGGAGGUGGAGGAGCGGGCAGAGGACGAGGAGUGCGAGAACGACGGGCUGGGGGGCGCCCUGCUCUGCUCCUACGGCACGCCUCCCGACAGCCCCGGGAACCUACUCAGCUUCCCCCGCUUCUUUGGCCCCGGGGAGUUCGACCCCUCUGUUGACGUCUAUGCCAUGAAAAGCCAUGAAAGUGCCCCCAAGAAGGAGGUCUAUUUCAUGGCCAUCAUCGAUAUCCUCACGCCGUACGACGCGAAGAAGAAAGCUGCCCAUGCGGCCAAGACAGUGAAGCAUGGGGCGGGGGCCGAGAUCUCGACUGUGAACCCUGAGCAGUACUCCAAACGCUUCAACGAGUUCAUGUCCAACAUCCUGACGUAGUUACCUUCUACCUUCAGCCAGAGCCAGAGAGCCGGAUGUGGGGUCGGGGUCGGAAAAGGGAGACGGUGUACUGGGGCUGGAUGGGAGGGUGGGGAGCAGAGUGGGGAGUCGGGGGAGGGGAGGGCUUUGGCGAGGAGCCGGCAGCCCAGGACGGAAAGCCUAGUGGGGGAGAGGGGAGGUGCUGCGUGCCCACGUACUCACAGGGUGCACCUCACCUGCUCACCCUUGAUGUUCCCCCCAUUUGACCCAGGUUGAAAAGGGGUUUCCUUUUUGUUCCCUUGUCACCUCUUACAAUACCUUGGGGCUAGAGAUGACUUUGUGGGUUUCUGUGGGUUUUGUUUCUGCAAUCUUGUUGCUCCAGGUUUGCUCUUUGUAACGACAUAUGUUAUCACCCCAUCACCCUCCCCACCCCUGCCCUGCUCUGGGUUCCCUUCAAUUAAAGAGGCGCCCCACGGACCUGGCCAAGUGCUCUGAUGCCAGAGGACAGGAGGUCAGACACCUCAGCCCUGCUGCAUUGGAUCUCAUCUGGAUUAACGUUCUGAUUUUACGGAGUAUUGUGUACAGCUUCCUCCACCUUUUGCCUUGGAUGCAAGUGAAAUGUUACCGGAUUCCUCCAUGUAAACGCUGUGCUCCCGAACGAACGCUCCAACCCAACAUCGGGAAUCUUGGGUGAGGAGAGAUCUCGCAGGGGCGUGAGUUCAUCCUCAUGGGAUGGUUGGGGGUGGGGGUCGCAGCCGGGCUCUCGGACAGCUGGUUCUCACAGAACCCCGUGAACUUCACCCGCGCCCCUGGCCCCUGGCCUUCCCACGUCCUGUCUAUAAAGCCUGCCUCCCUCUGUGUCAAGAGGAACUAGGAAGUAUCUUUACGUACAGCAGGACCCCCAGACGCUGCUGGGUAUCAAAGGAGGCCUUGUGCGCUCCAUCCGUUUACUUCCUUCUGACCUUGGCCCGGGCGCCCUCCCUUGGAGUUGAGCUCUUCGCUGGGGCGCCUCUCCACGCAGAGACACCUCUUCAAGCGCCAGGGCCGCGUGUAGAUAAUCUGACGCUCUGUGCCUGUGGUCUGUCCCCUGGACGGUCCUGGCCAGCAGGGGGUGCGCCCCCCCACCUUGGAGGGUGGCACCCAACCCUGAGGUUGCUUCAGAGUCACUUGAGGAUGGGACCCAGGAAAUCCAAUUUGGAGGCUUGACAUGGGGAUCGACCUGGCCCCAGCUUUGGGGCUAUUUUCCUUGAUGCCCCCAUCUCGACCCCCGGGCUUCCUCGGGAGUGGCAUCCUGCAGCUUCCUUCAGGGUCUCCACCCCCCGCUGAACUACCCAGGUAUCAGAACUGAGCCACGUGUCAUUCUGGGAUGCCAUCCGCGUGGUCUGGUCUGGCUAGGAAGGAAACAGCCCUGUGUUGGGGGAGGUACAUUCCUCCAUCUUCUCACCCCCUCACCAGGAACUGGGGUUUUAGGAUGAGAUACGGUAAAACUUGUAGAUAAACCCACAGAUGCGAAGGAAGUUUGUGGAAACACUUGGAACGAAUGGAUUGGUUUCCUGUGGCUCCCUCCAAACUUGGCCGAGCUCAGCUUCUGGAGCAGGAGCCAGCACUGUCUCUGGGCCCUACCCGCAGCUUUUUGGUCAGGGAGGAAUGGAGGCAGCGUGUUGCACUCCCCUGGGGCCGCUGGAACCGUUCUGGAAGAGGCAAACGGAGCAGACAACCGCCCUGGGCCCCGGGAAGGGACCACAGGCAGCUCUGAACCGCAGCAGCAAGACCGCCGAGUGACUUGGGGAAGAACCUGGAACCCAGCGGCUCAUGGAGAAAACAAAUCUGACUUAGGAAGGGAUUAUGUAGGAAUAAUGUUUGGACUUGAUUUCCCCACCUCCUAAUCAAGAAUGAGAAUUCGGAUCUGCCCCUCGAGAGGCCCAGCAUCUUCAGAGCUUGGCCGGCUGUCCUUGCACAGCCGCCACAGCCUCGGGCUCCCGCCGGCUUCCUGCGUUUGGGCCGCUGAUCACGUUGCCAUCGUGUGUACGAACGUGUAUCGAACGUGUAUCGCGGUCCAUCAGUUCAAGAUGAGCUACCCGGUAUCUAACUCCUUUAACAUUGAGUUUUUGUGUUUUUGUGGGUUUUUGUUUUCUUUUCUUUUCUUUUUUUUGGUAUAUUGUUUACAUUUGAGAGUAGCAUUCUGUUUCAAAUGCUCUUUUUGUUUUUCUGACAGUAUUGUUGUUUGGGUCAAAACAUUUGAGCUGUGGUUGGGUGGAUUUUAGAUUUUUUUAAAAGGUCAUUCUCUGUGCUAUCUUCAAAUCCUUGGGUUUGGCCCUCUAAUUCUUUUGGCAUUCAGAUGUUCAAAAGCUAUUUAUCUUGGUUUAUACCAGUUUUCUUUUUCUUUUUGUAAUGAUGCAGGUAUAUUUGGUUUGUGGUCUGAAUGUGGAGAAAGUGAACUGAUCCCCAAGCUUUUGCCUGCCCCCUGUUCCUUUCUCUGAGCCCCACCGUUCCCUCUCUGGGCUGUAGAAGGCAUCCAAGGGCAAGGGACUAGCCUCAACCUUCCUCUCUGGAGCCCUGAAGAAAAGCUCCAGCAGUCUCACAGCACCCCAGAAUAAUUUGGGGUCUCCUAAGAACAAGGUGUAAGAAUAGGACAUGACCGACGGGGUCAAGCCUGGAGGGGAAGCCUGCGUGAGACUCCUCUCCAUUCCCUGCCUCGGCCACCUCGCCAGUCCCAGCUUCUCCCGUCCUGAAGCCUGUGGCUGAGCCACCAGCCUCCCAGGCCUCCCAGCCGAAGCGAGGGUUCUCUGAAAACCCCUCUUAGACCACUAGAUGAAGGCCUCUGGCCCUCAUUCCUUUUAAUGAACCACUGAGUCUUUAUCCCCCAGUGCAAGCUCCUUCCCUGUGCCCUGCGGUUUGGGGGUCCUGGGCAGAAGCCAGCAGUCCCAGGAGCAGACAAGCAGUGCUCCAUCUCUCCUUAUAUAGCUCAGGGCAUACUGGUCUGUGGCAGGUGCCGCGAGUCGCCCCUGUGGCUGUUCUCGGUGGCACCCCCUAAGUUCCCACCACAGGCAGCUCUUCCUCCCCUCUCCCUCUUCCUGCUUGUUUCUCUUGCCUGUGCGUUAGGCCUCGAACAGGUCCCCUGGUCGUGCUCAGGCUGAGGACUACGGACUCCUGCCCUAAUGACGUUCCCCUCUUCAGUCUGCCAGGACCUGCCCUGGGGAGGUGGACCAAAGAUCCGGGACUUUUCUCAGCAGCCAAUACCCCCCCCCCACAGUUGUCUUUUUACCAAUUCAAGUUUGGAGAGAAGAAAAAACUUCAGCGCUCCCUAGCAUUUGCACUACUCUGAGUGUUAGGGGCCAUUAGGGAUCUUAUGUUUUUAAACAGCCCUUACAGCUCUGGCGUGAGACCUGUGGCUCCCCCAGGUCUAGGGACCUCACUUCUUUCUGGCAGAAAUGGGGGGAGGGAGGCUCCAGCCUGAGCACAGGAAUCAUAGGGAAAACCCAUUUGAACUGCCCCCCAAUCUACCAGCCAUCUGCAGGGGGCAGUGACGUGGCCCACCCUCCCUUGGAGACGUGCCACACACGAAGAGCACCUCCAAAGGGGAGAGGAGACUCCGCUGUCCCCAGUGGGCUGUGCUGAGAUCCUUGGGAGGCUGGGGAGGAAACUUUCAGAGGAGCCCCUUCCCCCGCUCAGAGCUGUUUUGUGAGUUGUGAACCAGCAGCCUGUAGGGGGGAGGCCAGAGCUGCUCGGCACACCCGAACAUCCGAUCAGAUCAUUGUCAUCAAAAAAUGUGAAUGAAGCUUAGACUCACCUCGUGGGGGAGCGGGACACACUAGCACCCGUCAUGUGUACGUGACUUCUCGGUUUCUCACUGCGACCUCCAUUUUUUUAAAUAGGAAUUUUCAACCCCUUGUGCUUGUCUAAUGUCUGCUCAGAACAGUUUGAGACCCUGUUACUGUUUUAAAAUGCAUGCAUGUUAAGAUGAAUCUCCAACCCAAGGAACAAAUAAAACUCAGAAAUCUUUGUGUA